UCUACAACAACAAUUGUACACCAAGUUCAGAACACGGUAUUCUCCUUUAAAUUGUGCUAUGAGUUAGAGAAGGAGUCGGAAUUCGGAGAUCCCUCUUAUACCGAGGACCUCAAAAUGCUUGCCCAACCGUCCCUCAAGCGACAUGCAUUUGAUUUCCAGGACGCAAGUCCAAGUAAAAGGACACGCAGAGCCUCCGACGAGCUCCCAGACAUAGAUGAGGACAUCAUCUCUCCAGAGCAUCUCAUAUCUGAAACAGAAUGCACCCCUCGCACCACCCGCUCCUCCUCCACCGCCUCCCGUCCCAAGAUCUACGACUGCCCCUACGACGCCUGCGGCAAGUCCUUCAACCGCCCCUGCCGCCUCUCCGACCACAUCCGCACGCAUACCAAUGAACGCACCCACGCAUGCCCGUACCCCGACUGCGCGAAGACCUUCUUCCGCGACACCCACAUGAACCGGCACAUCAAGUCGGCGCACAAGCAAGAGCACAACUACGGGUGCACGUGGGCGGGGUGCGGCAAGCGGUUCAACACGGGGACGCGGCUCCGACGACAUAUGAAAACGCAUGAGGACGUCCAGUUCCAGUGCACGGAGUACCCGCCUUGCGGCGAGAUGUUCAGGAAGCAUUCGACCCUCGCGGCGCAUGUCUCGGAGGUGCACCUGGGCCGGAAACCGUAUCCGUGUCCAUACACCGACGAUAGCACCGGCGAGGCAUGUCCCCGGGGCUACGACAGCGCUGCGAAGUUGAAGAGCCACAUUGAGCAAAACCACGAGAGCAGCAAAUCCUACUGGUGUCCCACCUGUACCCAACACGCCUCGUCCCAGCUCUCCGAUCAGCUCUCCGACUCCCCCCAACAACCCCCCCAUCUUGCUCCAUUCCCCACAUACCGUGCCCUCCAGACUCACAUCCGCGACGCACACCCGCCCCAAUGCCCACACUGCUCGACGCCCAUCCACCGCGCCGCGGCGCUACGCGCGCACAUCGAGCUCCACCACCCCGACGCCCCGGAGCGGCCGGACCCCGCGGACUGCAAAUACGCGUGCGACAUGGACGGGUGCGGGCGGGCGUUCACGCGGCAGGGGAUCCUGGCGGAGCAUAAGCGGCUACAUCAUCGGAAGGCAGGGCGGAAGGGGGAUGCGGAGGUGUAUGUGGCGGCGAGGAAGGGGAAGAGGUCGGAUACGGUGAUGCGGUUGACGGGGGC